UACAGUACCCACAAGUCACCGUGUGCGUCAACAGCAACAGCUAGGAUGUUGCGAUAAUGCUGGCAGCCAAAGAUUGCUGUGGUUGCAGAGAUUAGGCGGUUGUGUCGAAACCUCAGUCGGUACCGUUAUAGCGGAUGACAGACGCAGUGCUUACAUACUUGCAGGGGACGGAGACUCGUCUCCUAUCACCUCGACGCUUAUUGGGGGCUGCCCUGCGCUGAAGGCGUCAGCGAACGGAAACCAUAUAGUUUUUUUUAUAUAUAUAUAUUUAUAUACACACACACACACAUUCACACACACAAAUGGAAGAAAUUAAAUAGCCCCACAGACAGUAAGCUAUGAGGCAACAAACCGUCACUGCACUUUCCUGAAGGAUGGAAACAGCUUUUUGGGUAGCGCUGUCGCAGUUACUCGAAGGAUAUACCGCGUAUGAAGACAUUUUCUUCAGAGGAUAACCUGGAUAACCUUACACGAAAUGUCAGAGCGCCUUAGCAGCUAGCACUUAGCUAGCUUGGUAACGGCUGGACGAGAUGGAGAUGGACCUAUUUUUCCUCAGCAGCCGCAGCCGACCAUGAACAGCUGGCUGGCUGGUAAAAGGAGCACUUUUCCGGAGAUGCUUUAACCUCCUGGGCGGUGUAAUACACUUACAUAACUGCUAGCCGCUCUAUACUUAUCACCAGCUGGCUUGUGUUGGCAAGCAAAUGGGAAAUUUCCCCUAAAAGAAUCUCACAUCAUCACCACAAGUGAAAGAGGUAUUACUUGCAUAUUUUUGAGGCACCAGAAUAGACUCUGGAUAAGUUUACACAAGGAUCCGGGGAUAUAAUAUAUCACUGCAAUAAGACAGCACAUCACAGCGUGAAGAGGGCGAGAACCACAUCUUCCCUGCUGUCAUUUCGACAUCAUGAGGAAGUUCUUUGAUUCCCGUCGGGAGUUGGUGAGCUCCGGGCCUGGUUCUGGAGGAGGAGGGGGCAGCGGUUCUGGGUCCAGCCACGCCGGAGGAAAUUUCAUUGGCAGAGCCUUCACUGUCGGGCGGCACCAAGUCACGGUUGAGGAGAUCAUCGCUGAAGGUGGCUUUGCUAUUGUGUUCCUGGUGAAAACAAACCAAGGGGUGCGUUGUGCCCUGAAGAGGAUGUACGUCAACAAUGAGCAUGAUCUGCAGGUGUGCAAACAGGAGAUUCAAAUUAUGAAAGACCUUGUUGGGCACAAGAAUAUUGUUGGUUAUCUGGACUCCAGUAUCACGGCUAUGGGAUCCCGAGAUGUAUGGGAGGUUCUCAUACUGAUGGACUACUGCAAAGGAGGGCAGGUGGUUAAUCUGAUGAAUCAGAGACUUCAAACUGGCUUCACAGAGUCCGAGGUGCUUCAGAUCUUCUGUGACACCUGCGAUGCCGUAUCUCGCCUGCAUCAGCGCAAGGCGCCUAUCGUCCACAGAGACCUCAAGGUGGAGAACAUUCUUUUGCAUGACAAAGGUCAUUACGUGCUGUGUGACUUUGGCAGCGCCACAAACAAGUUCCAAAACCCACAGACCGAAGGAGUGGCAGCAGUGGAGGAAGAAAUCAAAAAGUACACCACUUUAUCAUAUCGUGCUCCAGAAAUGGUGAACCUCUACAACAAUAAGAUUAUAACUACAAAGGCUGAUGUCUGGGCGCUGGGCUGUCUGCUCUACAAGUUGUGCUUCUUCACUCUCCCCUUUGGUGAAAGCCAGGUGGCCAUCUGUGAUGGCAGUUUCACUAUUCCAGAUAAUUCCCGUUACUCUUACGAUCUCCACUGCCUCAUUCGCUACAUGCUGGAGCCGGAUCCUGACAAAAGACCGGAUAUCUAUCAGGUGUCCUACUUUGCUUUUAAACUUGCUCAGCGGACUUGCCCUGUUCAGAACAUGAAGAAUUCUCCGAUUCCUUCCACACUUCCUGAGCCAAUCAAAGCGAGUGAGGCUGCUGCAGCAAAGAAGAGCCAGACUAAGCCCAGACUCACAGAUCCAAUCCCCACCACUGAAACCUCCAUCACCCCUCGUCAGAGGCCCAAAGCCGUGCACACCCAGCCCGCUGCUGGCAUCCUACCCAUCCAGCCUGCUGCCCUCACCCCUCGCAAGCGAGCUAAUCUCUCUGGUGCCGCAGCUCAGUCUGUGGGAGUCAGUUUAGACCUCUCCCAGCCAGCUGCAGCUCUGCAGUCGCAGAAGGCACAGACAUCAGCUCAGCCGUUCAUUCAAACACAAACCAACGCAAAUCAGGCUGCUGCUCCACAGAAGCAGACGGUGCAGCCGGCUGCAGCUGCUGGAGCAGAGACUGCAGCCUCUGCAGCAUCACAAGUGGCGAAAGCUGACGCAACACCACAAGCACAGCCAACAUCCCAGCAACAGGCCACGCCUUCUUCUUCUGUGGUUAGCGCCGCUCCUCCACAGGCAGCGCAGACUCCAUCUAGCCCUGCCGCACCUCAGCGUCCAGUGCGUCGCAAACAACCGGGUCAGGCUCAGCCGCCGGAGGCUCAACCCUCUCCGAGCAAGGCGUCUCCGGGACAACCAGAAGCAGCUGCGCAGCAGGAGACACCAGUUCCAAGUCAGCCUGCUUCCACUGAGACCAGCCAAAAAUCAGCUCAGAUUACUCCACCUGAGACUCCAAAGACAUCUGAGGACCGAGGUCAUCAACGUUUGCCGAGUGAUGCAGCAUCAAACGGUGCUGCAGCUCCUGUCAGUGACUCCACACAGCUGCAGCAGGGGGAUAAUGGAAACAUUGCUCUCAGCCAAUCACUUGUAUCUCAACCAAACACCGCCGACUCUGUUCAGCCGAGCCUUUGCGAUGCUGCUCAGGACCAAAACAAUGCUGCAGCCACUGUCCCUUCCUCUGGUUCCUCCAACACUCCCACACAGCCAGCAUGGAACCCGUUUGACGACGACAACUUCUCCAACUUCACAGCUGACGAAUUCAAAGCUGAUGACAAAAAGUCCUCAGACAUGGUGUCAGAUUCUGAGGUAACACCUUCUGAAGAGCUGAUUCCAGGUCUGCAGGCCUCAACUGUGGAAAACACUUUUCAAGAAACUGCUGAAAGGCCAUCUGCUCUUCUGGACUCAGGAGCCUCUCUUUUGGUUGUCCCAGAUCCUUUCCAUACUCUUGAACUGUUGGAUGCUCCAGAGAAGCUGAUUGAAGGUCUCAAAUCUCCUGACACAUCUUCUCUCAUGCUUCCUGAUCUGCUGUCAUUGUCUGAUCCUUUUGGAGGGUCUGUGGAGCCUGUGAAAGACCCUCUCACUGCAGACGACUCUCUCCUCGGGUCUCUCAUCUCCGGACCACCCGCAGCACCGGGCAGCGCCGCCUCCUCCGCUCCCACCUCCGCCACCUCUGCUCUGGAUGAUUUCAGCCUGCUGUCAGGAGACUCAGUGCAGCCGAAAGGGGACUCAUCUCUCUUGAUCUCAGACUUCGAGGCUCAGUCAGCCAGUGCGGAGGCUGCUACAGAGGACGACUUUGAUCCUAUUCCCGUCACAGGCCGAAAGAAUUCCCAAGACCUGCAGAGGGAGCUCUUCAAACUUCACUCUGCUCAGUCUGCAGCUCCUGGGCAGAAGAUCCAUCAGAGCUCCGCUGCAUGUGUCCCCUAUAAACACAUGUUGCUGUCAGACGAACGUGGCGCUCAUCCCCGCCCUUCACGCGUUCCCUGCUCCAAGAGUCAUUUCAUACCUGUUAACCAAGAAUCUCAGAGCCCUCCUCCAAGCAGCGCCAUCAUCUCUGAUGUCUUCCAGCUGGCCCCGUUUAAACCGCAAAGGAAAGAAAGCGCGGCAGCCUGCAGAGUCUCCGCCUUUUCUGCAUCCCAUAAUUCUGCUGAAGCAUCAGAUGUUUUCCUGCAGGCACCGUUUGGGAAACGGCAGGAAACAAACAGAGCUGCUCCUGCUAACACUCACACAUUCAUGUCUGGGACUCAGCAAGUGAGAAACAGCACAAAGUGUCACCCUGUCGCCCUCUUGCACACGGAGGCCCCUCUGCUCCAGCAGCCCGUGGCGGUGCACCGGGUCGUCUCCAGGAUCGGUCAGCAGGCCGCCGUGGGCUCAGUGGCAGUGGGUCCUCUGCAUUCCUGGACCAUCGUGGGAAAAGUUGUGGAUGACCCAUUCACCGCGGCACCUUUUCAGCCCAAAUGCUCCCCAGGGAAGCCUUAGUUUUGUUAGUAUGUCUUUAAAAAAUGCCAAGUCAGAAGAAGAAGAAGCCAAAAUAUAGUUCAGCUGCAGUAUGACUGAAAUCCCACAUGUAAGUUCGACGUUGUUUCAAGGUUAAGGCUCUACCUCACUCAUCUCAUUUGCUUUCAGUCACCAUAUCAAGUCUUCAUGAACAGUUUCAGCUUUAAUUCAGUGGAUUAUUUAUCUGUUAAAUAAUCACAUAAAGGUAAUUAAGAAUGUUCCGGAGCAAAGGUUUGUAUGCAGUUUUUACUUUUUCACACAAGGUCAAAAUUAUAAAUUCAGGCUCAGAUAUGUACAUAUUCACUGAUUUCUGCCAUAAUUCUGACUGCAUUUUCAACCACUUGCCUUGUUAGUCAAGUUGUAGAAGGGUUGAUGUCAGGGAUUUGAAAUCAAAAAUACAUUAAUAAUCCCAAAAUUAAAACUGAUAUAAUAGUCUUCUAAGAGUCAUUGUAGCUGCUGAUGGCUGUGGGAAGGAAGGAUCUCCUGUAGCAGUCUGUGUUACAGUUUGCCUCAAGAAACCUCUGACUGAAGACUUGUAUAAUAUGGAGAAAACCUAGAAGCUUAAUGUCAGUCUGCAGCAGCCAUCAAAAUCCAAUGGUGAUGUGUGUUGGGCGUCUUUAUCCUCUUGGAACAACCAGUUUUGUUUAUAUUUUAACCAUCAUAUCUAAACGGUCAUUUUUAUAUUUUUACAUAAAAGCAAAGUUCAAAGUUAAACAACAACCCAGGAACCACUGAGGUAAAAAAAGUAAAAGCUGCUUUUGAGCGCCAGUGACUCGAAUUUAACAUCAACAAGAAAAUAUGAACCAUCUACUCUAAAGUUUUGACAUUUCAGCUUGACUCGCCAAAUGCUUUGUGGGGAAAAGCUGAGUUGUUUGGCCAAAAGGACAUAAAAUGUGAAGAAGAGACUCUCAAUGCUUGUAUGAACUGUAAAACAAGGCGGUGGUAGCAUCAUGGCCAGGGCCAUUUCUUAAUUAAACAUCUAUUCUAUGUGUAAAAGCCUAAUGCAUCACAGGGACCAACCCAGCGUAUAUGAACUCAAGACAUUCCAGCAAAAAGUGGUCAGAAAUCCAGACAAAACUAUUCCAGAGUUCUGUUGACAUCCACAAAAACAUGACUUCCCUGCAAUUUGCUCACGGACAUUUAUACAAAUAAUAUUGGGCCUAAUAUCUGAACCAAUAUUUCUAAUUUUAAUCAGAAAAAAAAAAACAGUAAAUUUGAAGCUUGUCCAGCCAAGUCUUGUUUUUGUAAACCAGUGUUGUUGUAUCUUGUAUUACUAGUCCAGGCCCCAAAAAGAAGAAGUUAAGUUCAUCAUUAUAAGGCCUAAGUUAAGAUGACCUCCAUUUUCAUGGGGAGUGAAUGUUGAUAUUUUCUAUCACUUUUUUAUCCAACUAAGACAUUUUACUUGGAUUUAGAGGAAAAGUGAUUCAGCUUUUAGUGCGUCGUGCCAGAAGCCAUCAGUUUCUGAACAACCCAAAGGAUUUGCUUGUCGCCUCAUGCUUUAAGCCCAUUAAAUCUUUCCUGUUGUUCACAUAUAAACUGCAGAUUGUGCUUUCAUUAUCAGUAUUAGGAGAUUUUUCAAAUGUUUGCAGUUUUCUUGUCGACAUUCGGUAUCAGAUCAGAGCUGUCAGUUGCCAUGUUACUGCAAGCCAAAUACACAGUUCUUUUUCUAAAAGCACUUUUUAAAUACAAGCUUUCCAAAAAUCCCAGCAGCUCAGCAGAGAUUUGGAUGUAGUCAGUGUUUAAUUAUCCUAAUCCCAGUUUAAACUGGUAUAAAACACAGUUUAGUGUAUGUUUUAUAACUUUUCUGUCUAGUCUGUGAAAUAAGUUUCAUAAAUUUAGUUUGUCAGCAUAUCACAGAUUAGAUUCUUUGUGAUAAAACAUUAAAUAUGAGGCUUUUUUGCUCAGGCUUAAGAUUCCUGGAUGUGUUCUCUGUAUUAUCGGCUCAGUUAAUACGGGGUAAAAAGGGAAAGUUAAAUGUUUUAUCAGCCUAAUAUAGUCUUGUUUUGUUCUUUUACUCUUAUGUGUUUUUCUGUCUCUGAGUUAUAUAUUAAAACAAUUAAAAGUGGGUGUACACUUUUAAUAGGAAUCUCUGAAUGUAAAUCAUCUGCAUUUUACCCACAGUCCUAACCUGUUCUUAUUCAUUUUUGCCCUUUUUCGCUUCUCAUCAGGCAAUCCAUGCAGGCGUCCCUGGAAACAGCUUUUUCUAAUUUAAUCCCAGUUUAGGAUUAACCACCAGUGUUAUAAAAUCACCCAACAUUAAAGAAAUACUCUUAUUUCUUUGAUACUCUUAUUAAAGAGUAUUUCUUCAGAGUCCUCCAGUUUUUUUUAAAGUAACAUUGACGUAUCUGCCUUGAUGGACAUGUAACAUUGUAUUUUGAGGUGAUGCUAUUAAUAAACAGUUGUGGCAAAAUCGUUCCACAGUGAUGUAAAAAUGUUUUCUUAUGGUUUUUUUGUUGUUUUUUUCUUCUUUACUGGAAAAUAAAAAAUCUGAAACAA